AAUAUCAAUUAAUAAAACUGCUUCUUUUUGUUCCAAUAAUAAUUUCAUACAUAACUGUUUAAUUGUAUACAAAACAAACGCUUAAUACACUAUAUUAAAUAUGAAGAAAUAGACUAUGCUUCCCCCGGUCUGUCUAAGAAUGGUUUAGCCCUGCUCCUACCGUUCAGGAGAGUCAACACGGCGCUACAGAACGCAGCUGCAGUUUGUUGUCUAGCAACGAUCUCACCUGCGACGAAAUCAUCCAUCACUGAGAUUCAUUUACCAACCCACGCCAGCAUGAGCCAUGUAUGUGGCAAGGCCUCAUCUGAGAAGACAUUCUGUAUUUUCAGCAAGCAGCCAAAACCCACCGAUAAAAGGUGUUGCUCCGUGACCACACUGGUGGCGCCGGCUAAAUAUUUCAACCACUGUAAAAACGCCAAUGAGCAGCUGAAAGUGAAACGUUUAAAGACUCGCAAGGAGCGGAGCCAGAUGAGAGGCGACUGGAAAGAGACCUCAAGGACCAAAUCUCAUCAUCACUGCCACUGCAAAAGCUGGAAAGAAAAUGCAUUUUUACAGAAUUUCUGUCACAAUGGAGUUCAUCAGACUUCCAGGAGAAGUACAACAAUUUCAAGUGUUGUUCCUGCUGCACAGGAGCCCAGUGUCAUCACAGAGAGUCGCCUGACCGGGCCCCACCGCCUGUUCAACCACGAAGUGAAGUCCAUUGAUAUUGAACGCUUACUAAGCGAGCGAAGCAAACAUGAGAAAAAGGAAGAACAGGUGACAGAAGAGAGCAACAACUCCUCAGCUUCUCACAUCCCAGUUCUGCUCUCCGGUGACGCCGUGGCAGCUCGCGAAAAAGCCGAAUCUGAGGCAAAUACUCGAGAUAAUCCCCAAGAAACAGAAGACAGAAACCCCCAGCAGUCAGACAUCACCCCAGGACAAAGACUGCAGCAGCAAGCUGUUUCAUCCGGAAGUUGUAAAAGCAUCAGCUCGUCUAAACUCUGCCCUGCAAGUGCAGAAACAAAAACGAAGAGGAGAAAAACGUGUGUCAGUCCUCCGGCUGACGGAGAACACGUGAAGACAUCAAACAAUAGCGUAACUAGACGUGUGCUUUCUGAUGUUGAGGAGCCUCGUGAGAAAAAGAGCCACCAGAAUCAAGCAGAUGGUCUCAAAUCAAGCCCACCUCUCCCCUCCAGCUCGCCCACUUCUGGGAGUGCUGACACAAAGCCCAAAGAGCACGAUCCUAAAUAUGUAGACAAGCUCGUCACUGCAGUGGCGGCACGUUUGUGUGGGUCUCUGUGUCUUUUUAGAGACGAGAGACACGAUCUGUUGUCAAAAAGGAGGAGCGAGUUGCAGAAAGCCCUCCUGAGCCGGCAUGGACCCAGGCUUCAGGCAAACCUCCUGGAGAUUCAGAAAUGUGAUACCAAUCCCUCACAGACUGCUUUGGACCCUGUGAUGAAACAAGACGAACGUCUGCCUACAGAGGAAAGAACAGGAAGUGGACCUUUUAGCUGGGACGCCAGUCCACAGCUACAUAUGCAGCAGACUGCCGAGGAGUCAAACCCAGAGGACACAUCACUUAAUUUCUUGGAUAAAAUCAUCAGACCUUGCUCCUCUCAUCCCUUCAACUUGAACUGUGAGCCAUCUUGGACUACAGCAAAUGACGUUUUUGUGAGUUCUUCCAACUUAUUUCAAGAAGAUAAAUCCUUCUGGAAGUCCUGGGAAGAGUUCGGGCCUGAAGAAGAACAAUCGGCUCCAUUUGAAUCAUUUUCAAGCAGCUUUAUGACCCAGGAUGCUACAGACAUAAGCUGCAGACAGCAGCAGCAUCGUACCAACAAUCAGCCAUUUUUUCUUCAACAAGACAGACAUCCUGAAGAUCUCAUACAAUCCCCGCAGGAAGAAGACCCAUUUGAGCCUCGCCAGUUCUCAUUUCCUCACUCCUUCUCCAACCAAAUUCAGCACCACCCUCAGCCGUUUGACCGACUUUCAACUCACCCAGCAUCUUACAUGAUGCGUUACCCCCCAUCCCACAUGCUUGAGCUGAGUCCAGCACCUGCCCCCUCUGUUUUACCAAGCCCGGAGCACUGGUCCUUCCCUCCCAUGCGGCUGUACUAACACGAGGCCUAUGAACACCUUUUCUUUUCCUGAUUUUGUCCUUCAAGACUUGAUGUUCCUGUGCCAGGUCCUGUUUUGUUUUAGUAGGAACAUCGGUGAAAAACAAAAGAAAGCCUUCACUUUGUUGUUUCAUUUGAGAUGAAGGAAAAAAACACCCAAUUAUGCGCUGUUUGCAUCUUUAAAGGAUGUUUAUUCUGCAGAACUCCACAUUAGACUCACAUGUUAGAAUUAAAACGGAAUCUGUAAAGCAGGAGUUUUAGUUGAAGUGGUGCUAGUUAGAAAAUGAUUUCAUUCUUAUUCUGCAUACUAAGUUUUUUUAAAAAGCACACUUAUGAAUUGUGUUAAAGUGUCUUAAAACAUGUGAUUAAAACUAAGGAUUUCAAAAUAAAAGUAUCACAAAACA